CUAAGGCUUCUCUCUCUUCCUUUCUCCGCUUCAGCGCCUGUGAACCGGGCCACCAUGCCGGACCCAGAAAAUAACGAGGUCUUGCGAAGCACCUUUCCCUCUUACAUGGCGGAGGGCGAGCGGCUCUAUCUAUGCGGCGAGUACAGCAAAGCUGCCCAGAGCUUCAGCAACGCUCUUCAGCUUCAGAAUGGAGACAGGAACUGCCUGGUUGCCCGCUCCAAAUGCUACCUGAAGAUGGGAGACUUGGAGGAAUCCUUGAAGGAUGCCGAGGCCUCGCUCCAGGGCGACCCGACUUUCUGCAAGGGGAUAUUACAGAAGGCCGAGACGCUGUACACCAUGGGCGACUUUGAGUUCGCCUUGGUGUUCUACCACCGGGGCUACAAGCUGCGGCCAGAGCGGGAGUUCAAAGUUGGAAUUCAGAAGGCCCAGGAAGCCAUCAACAACUCAGUGGGGAGUCCGUCGUCAAUUAAACUGGAGAACAGGGGAGACCUUUCUUUCUUAAGCAAGCAGGCUGAGAACAUGAAAGCCCAGCAGAAGCCCCACCUGGUGAGGCACUUCCUGCAGGACCCCAAGAGGGAGAGCAAGCGGAAGGCCUCGCUGAAGAGCGAGAAGACGGUCCGCCAGCUGCUGGGGGAGCUGUACGUGGACAAGGAGUACCUGGAGAAGCUCCUAGCCGACGAAGACCUAACCAAAGGCACCAUCAGGAGGGGCCUGACAGUGGAGGACCUCAUCCUGACCGGCAUCACCUACCUGGACACGCGCAGCGACUUCUGGCGGCAGCAGAAGCCCAUCUACGCCCGGGAGCGGGACCGGAGGCUGAUGCAGGAGCGGUGGCUGCGGGACCGCAAGCGAGACCCCGCUGAGACCGCCCACUACGUCCUCAAGAGCCUGGAGGACAUUGACAUGUUGCUGACCAGCGGCAGUGCGGAAGGCAGCCUGCAGAAGGCCGAGAAGGUGCUGAAGAAAGUGAUGGAGUGGGACAAGGAGGAGGUGCCCAACCGGGACGAGCUGGUGGGGAACCUGCACAGCUGCAUCGGCAACGCCCAGCUGGAGCUGGGCCGGAUGGCGGCAGCCCUGCAGAGCCACCGAAAGGACCUGGAGAUCGCCAGGAACUAUGAUCUUCCUGAUGCCAAAUCCAGGGCCCUGGACAACAUUGGUAGGGUUUUUGCCAGAGUCGGGAAAUUCCAGCAAGCCAUUGACACGUGGGAGGAGAAGAUUCCACUGGCCAAAACCACCCUGGAGAAGACCUGGCUCUUCCACGAGAUUGGCCGCUGCUACUUGGAGCUGGAGCAGGCCUGGCAGGCCCAGUCCUACGGCGAGAAGUCCCAGCAGUGUGCUGAGGAGGAAGGGGAUAUUGAGUGGCAGCUGAAUGCCAGCGUUCUGGUGGCCCAAUCACAAGUGAAGCUGGGAGACUUUGAGGCAGCCGUGAGCAACUUCGAGAAGGCCCUGGAGAGGGCCAAGAUUGUCCACAACAAUGAGGCGCAGCAGGCCAUCAUCAGCGCCUUGGACGAUGCCAACAAGGGCAUCGUUGAAGAACUGAAGAAAACCAACUACAGGGAGACUUUCAAAGAAAGGCGGGAAAGAGACGAGCCUGUGGACUCGAAUGAGGCCACAGUGGUGGAAAGGAGGUUCGGGGAUAAGAAACCUGUAAGAGAGGAGCCCGAGAAGGUGAUGCAGCAGUGGGAGAGAGAGCACCCCUUGCUGGAGGAAGAGGACGACCAGGACAGCCUCACAUCCGAGCAGGAAAGUAGCAGGCAGAAGCUGGCAGGAGAAAUCCCCAGCUCCCUGCUCCCAUCCGAACGGAGAGCCGUGGGGAAAAAGGACUGGGGGGAGAUGGGCCAGAGGCUGUCCACAGAGCUGGGCAGGAAACUCUCCGAGAUGGGCCAGAGGGAAUCCAUGGAGAUUUACAAGAGGCCAUCGGGAGAAAUAGGCCGCCUCUCCAGAAAAGGCAACAGGCAGGAACUGCAAGGAGACAAGCUUUCAGAAGCCGACAGAAGCGAGCCUGAGAACCUGGGUGAGACAGGCUCCGUAAAACCUUCCGAAGAGCCGGGGAAACGGAAGGGAAGGUGAAAGAUGCCCAGGCACAGGCAUAAGGAUCACAGGGCAGCUUAUUAGGUUGGAUUAUCCCUUGGAGAUGUGGCUUUAAGAGGAAAACAUGGGGGACUGGGCCCUGUGGGUCAUUUCUGCCUCUUUCUGUCACCAUCUCCCCCUUAAAUACAUGUCUUUCAACUCUUACAAACCCUGCGUCGGCCUCUUCACUCCCACCCAGUCCCAGAGGAGCCUCAGGGAAAUGAAUCUGUGGUGACGGGGCAGGUACCACUCUUUUUCCUAAAGACCAGACCAAGACCCGCUUGCUUCCUCUGGCCCUGUCCUAGCAUCACCCAGGAGAGGAAAUCCGCUAUGAAACGUUUCCAGGGAGAACAGAGCCCGGAAAGCAGGAGGGAAGGCUCGGGCGGCCGUGGGCAAGGCCACAUUCCAUCUACUGCCAUGUGUGUGGAGGACACUGCGGAAGCUGAGUGGAAGAAUGAUGAUGAGGAAGGGGCGGGCGCCACUCACGCAGUAGAGGCCAACUUGCCAACUUCGACACCUUCAAAGCCAAGCACAAUGCAUGCUGGGAUGGUUAGGGGACCUUGGUGGGCCAGGAGCCCAGAGGAAGAAAGACAA